AAGUUUCUUAUCGAACUUUUCAAAGUAUAACAAAGUUGUUUAUUAUAAAAUGGCAGAGAAGAUAGCUGGUGGAAGUAAUGGAGAUGUGGCUAUUGAUUCAUAUCAUCAGUACAAGGAGGAUGUUGGGAUUAUGAAAGAAAUUGGUCUAGAUGCAUACAGGUUCUCAAUCUCGUGGUCCAGAGUUUUGCCAAAUGGAAAGCUAAGCGGUGGUAUCAACAAGGAAGGAAUCAAAUACUACAACAACCUCGUCAAUGAGCUCCUAGCCAAUGGUCGCAUCCAGCCAUUUGUGACUAUCUUCCAUUGGGAUGUUUCCCAAGCCUUGGAAGAUGAAUAUGGUGGUUUCUUGAGUCCUAAGAUUGCGGAUGAUUUUCGGGACUAUGCGGAGGUUUGUUUCAGAGAAUUUGGUGACAGAGUGAAGCAUUGGAUCACCUUGAAUGAGCCAUUCAGCUUUAGCUAUGGUGGCUAUGCUACCGGAAGUUUGGCACUGGGUCGUUGCUCCAAUUGGCAGAAACUGAACUGCACUGGUGGAGAUUCAAGAACAGAACCAUAUCUGGUGUCCCAUCACCAGCUUCUAGCUCAUGCAGCUUCAAUAAAUCUGUACAUGCUAAAAUAUCAGGAUUUCGUGCACAGACUGCUAGCUUACAACAAGGGUUUAUUGAAGCAAUGUGUGUCAUUCCACUUCUACAAUUUUCCUGAAGAUUGGGGAGCGAAGCAACUUUUCUUUUUCAUUAGGAGAGCGGUGAAAGAAGGAAGACUGUGGGAUAUCUUUAUACCGAGUAAGAGGGACAGAAGGGGCAAUAGGUAUGGUUUUGCUAGGUUCUUAGACGCUAGGGACUAUCAGGCGAUGAAGAAGCAACUAGAAAACAUGUGGAUUGGAAACAAAAAGGUGAUCUUUAACCCUGUAGAGGAUAGAAGAGAAGAGCGGCGCAGAACGACUUCAAAGCUAGAGGGAGGAAAGCCCAGAGAAACAAGAAAGAAAGAACCCACACCAUCAAAGGCCAGAGACGCCCAGCGGAGUUUAAACAGAGAAUCAAAUAAGUUACAUGAUACUGGAGGUUUCAAGUACAAAAAGGUGAUAAAGGCAAAAAGAACGGACAAGGUAGAAGAGAAGCUGAUGAAAUGUGCUGUCGGGAUGGCUUUAUCUCCUUCUAUCAUUCCAAGCCUUCCAGAGAUUUUCUUUAAUGAAGGAUUUCCAUCGAUCAAAAUUGUUCCAAUGGGAGGCAACUUUGUGUUAAUCGACGGUGACGACCCGGAGAGUAUACAGGAGUUGGUAGAUGGAAAUCUUGAGUGGGUGUCUCACUACUUUGACCGAGUUAAAAUCUGGUCACCAUCAGAUAUUGCAGAAGAAAGAAAACACAACUCCAUCACUGAAUCAGAAGUGAGUUCAUCGGAGUCUAACCCUGGCGACGAUUUCGGCGAGUUCGAAUGUGACUAUUCAAACAGUCCAGAGGGAGGGGAAAUUCAAACUCCACUCAAAGAUGAGCGGGAGAAACAGAGUGAGGGGAACGAAGACAACCAAACAAGAAGGAACCUAAACAGUAACGGUAAAGUUCCAGCAACAAAAGAUCAGGUAGCCCAAGAAAUAACCCAAUUUAGAAGCCCAAGUGGUAGCAAAUACAAAGCCCAGUGUGAUGAACACAAAUUGGGGUCGGGCAAGAAGGAGGGCAGCGAGUUUCAAGCUUUUGUAAGCCCAAUAAAAUCCCCAAACACUGCUGCAGAAAUUAGAGUUGAAUCAAUGAAAUUGGUGAGUGGAACGAAGCGAGGAAAAAGAAGGAAAGCAAGGGUUCAGCCGAUCAAUUUUGGGGGGGAGGUAACACAAGGCUCUCUAUCAGAAGGGGAUAUUGUCUGCAACAACAGAAGAAUCAAGGAAGGAAUGAUCUCCGAGGAAGCAAAUAAGGUGCUGGAUCUGGGAAAAAAGAUAGGGAUCGAUGUCGAAACUCGAGAAGAGCUGAUUUUGGGAAAAUUCAUAAGAAUGGAAGAAAGAGACAAGCAGGGGUGUGGUCGGGAGAUACCAAGGUAGGCUCUCCCUCUGUUUUCUUCUCAGAUUUUUUCCAUUAAUGAAGUUACUGUCAUACA